AUGAUACCUUGCAUUCGCAUUCAUAUUGCUAUUCUCGUAUGUGACACGCCUAUCCAGCCUGUCCUGAAGAAGUAUGGCGACUACUUCGCAAUAUUCCAGGAUAUUCUGAGGCAAGGCUUCAAGGACUUGGAAAGAUCUGAGAAGCUUAAAGAUAUUACCGUGGAGUUUAGUGAAUAUCACAUGAUGGGUAAUAACCGAUUUCCUGAUCUACAGGAUGUCGACGCUAUUCUUCUGACUGGAAGCAAGCACGAUGCCUGGGCUGACGAUCAGUGGAUCUGUGACCUCACAAGCAACGUUCGUGAGGCCGUUUUAACACACAAGAAGCCCGUAGUUGGGAUUUGCUUCGGACAUCAGAUCCUUGCUCGGGCACUCGGAGCCCAACUUGGCAGAAACGAAGCUGGAUGGGAGGUUUCUGUCGAGAAGCUCACCCUGACUGAGGCCGGGAAGAAACUGUUUGGAAAGGAUACACUGAGCAUUCAACAAAUGCACCGCGAUAUUGUCUUUAAACCCCCAGUCAAUUGCACGAAUCUCGCUACAAGUCCAAAAUGUGAAGUUCAGGGUCUUUACUUGCCCAAGCGAGUGCUGUCAGUUCAAGGACACCCGGAAUUUAACGAAGGUAUCAUGGCAUGUCUACUCGAAGCCAGGCACGAGAAUGGGACAUUUGGUGAUGAACUGUACAAUGAUGGUUUGUCCCGAGUGGGUGACUCACAUGAUGGGUGGUUGAUAGCAAAGGUGAUUGCAAGAUUCAUACUGGAUGGGAAAUUGAAGUAG